AUGCCUCCUCAUACUAUCUCGCCAACUCCUACUUCUCAAGGCUUAGGUAUAUUCUAUUCAACACUUUCUCCUCCACCUUUGAACAUGACUUCCAAUCAGUCCCAAGCUCCUCACACCUUCACAGGUAUGGGUGUAGGUCCUCGAGCGAUAAACAGCGUCUCUCAGGAAAGAAGAAGGCUUCCUGUUCCUAUCGCUAAACAUCGACGAAGUCAAUCGCCAGAUCGACCUUUGAAUGUUUCUCCUCAAAGACAUGCUACUGCUCUUCCUCAACAAUCCGGACAACCCACUCAACCGGUCUUGGCAUUGCGUCCAACUCAUACUCGUCAUCAAUCCGCUCAAGGGUUUGCGAGCUUUAGUGCUAUACCCCCUUCCCCCAUCAGACCUGCGGGUCCUCGCGCUCCGUCUAUGGUGUCGCCCAGGUCCAGCAUCGUCCCGAGAAAUUAUAUCCCAGAAGUCAUGACCAUCCCAGAAUUCACAGAGAAGCAAAAGAAGGCUCCUAGUAGGAAAGAAUCCAACGCUUCUAGUGUGGCAAGUACCAGCAGACAUAUUCGACCUUCCAAAAGCUCUGAAUUGUUACAACGAAUAGCCAGAGCGGGAACCAGAAGCGAAGAGGCCGUCACUAGUGGACGGUAUACGCCCUUGUCAGAUCGAGAUGACCGAGAUCAAAAACAAUCAGCUUCAUCUGCCAUAUCUCGUGGAUCUUCCACUUCGACUGUCCAACCAAAACAACGAUCUCGCAGUACGACAACUUUGUCAACCCUUCCUACUCCGCAUAUCCCAUCUGACACACCAUCUCAAGGGACACAUCAAACGAAUGACUCUAUAGGGACGUUUGGUAGUCUCGCACAAGCUCCCUUUCCCGAACCUCCGCCUAGACAGAAUUCCAAUCAUUCUGCAAACACCGAUCGACAAUCGUCUUCCAGUAGGGUAUCUCCAUAUACGAACCCUGUCACAUUACCCAGUGAAGGUCCUUUCAGACAACCUAUCUCAGUGCAACAAAACCGUUCUUCCACUGAAGCAGUUGGGAACAAACGUGUAUCAGACCUUAGUUCUGGCACACAUUCCAAAAAUGCCGUGCUACUGUCAGCAGAAGGAGGUGGGAUGAUGCUUGCUUUCUCACCCAAUGGAGAUGGACUGUUCCGUCCGGGUGCCAUGAUUGAUGGCCGAAAUGGUGGUGUUUUCACUCCUACACCCGAUACAACAACUUCAGAUCAUGUCACAGGUUUUUUACAGUCUGGGAAAGGUCAAGCAUCACGAUCGCGACCCUGGAGUGAGGAUAUACCCUCUCAACAACGCAUACCAGGACAAAGAGGGCGAAGCUUAUCUGACGGCGCUGCUAUUUUGGCCAGACAGGGAACUUUGCUACAUCCCGCUUCGAACUAUAAGCGAGCGUCGGCGGAGCUGGGUUUGGUAUUGGGAAAUAAGUCAAGACGGGCAAGUAGGGAUAGAUUGUUUUCUCCUCCCAAUCCUCAGGACUGGCCGAAUGCCGAUGGGCCUCCCCCAGAAGCAGUGAGAAUAGAAGCUGCCAAAAGGCGCAAAGCGAGGGUUGAGAUCGAUGUCAUGCUUGAAAGAGAAUGCGUGGUCGAAGGUGGUGAAGUGAGAGGUAGGAUGGAAGUUAGAGUAAAUGGCGGUAAGAGGUCCGAUGGAUUGCGAGUUGGAGGAGGUAAAGUCCGUGUUGUAGGUUUCGAAGACCUCGGGGAUGCGAGACAUAUCUUCUACCAUCAACCUCACUCCUUACCCAUAUUCAACUUCCAAGAUAAGACCGGACCAGCUUGUUCUCUCUUUGGUGACGCACCCGACGAAGAAGGCUAUCGUCUUGCUCUUGAAGGUAUCCACAACAUUCUGUUCAACAUGCGUCUCCCUCUAAACGGUGGUGCAAAAGGAUCCUACGGUAUUCAAGGCAAAGGUCCGAGCGUACGAUACGUAGUGGUCGGUUCUGUCAAACUCAUGACUGCUACAGGUAAACGAAGUAUAGCUCAUUUCUAUCGUCCCCUUGUAGUCCUACCUUAUCUCAACCCUUCCACUGUUCUCGCUCCCUCGGCCGAGCCUAUCGCAGCCAGUGUCGAAUCGGGUUUAGGAUGGAGUAUCACAGGUGAGAAAGGAAAAGUUGUUCUAUCUGUGGCUUUGGGUCGACGAACUUGGGUCAGUGGACAAAGAGUAUGGUGUGAAGUUGGAAUCAGAAAUAAUUCCACUCGUAAAAUAAAGAGUUUGAAUUUAGCUUUACUCCAAACGGUUCAAAUGUUCAAACCGGACGAAUCCCUCGAUACGGAACAUAGUCUUUUCAAAUCGAGAAAGUCUGAACCGGAUGUCGAUGCGUGUACCACUUCGACGCAGAGGAAGAGGAUCAGUGAGGAAGUUGUUGAAGCUGAUUCUGUCGGACAUGGUGGUGGACAUGUGACUGGAAAAAAUUGGUGGACUGGGAUUGAACCUGGUCAAAGAGGACAAUGGGACAUGUCUUUGCAAAUCCCUGCAGGAAUUGUAUCCAUACGACGAACCCGUUUACUCGAAGUGAUCUAUACACUUCGCGUCACUGUCAAUAACAGCAUAUAUGUCGAUAUUCCUAUCACGAUAAUCAACUUUCUCUCCAUCGAUCCUCCUCCAAUGCCUGGAGACGGACUUUAUCUUCUCGCUCAAGCCACCGUUCCCACAGGAAGGACAUCAGUCUCACCCUUAGACGUACAACCCAAUACCAAAAUGUACAAACCUGUUGAAACAAUUCCAUUAGCUUCUGAUCGAGGUUCUUUGGCCGAUCCCGCUAGAGCUAGUUCGACGACGCUACAUAUCGAUUCCCUACUGGCCGCAGGACGUGUAAGAGCGGAAGCACAAGCACAAGGAUUGAGUCCGAAAUCUAUUCCAUCACGACCAAUGUCAGUAGGAAGUACCUAUACCGUAGAUCGACGUAGUCAAGAGAAUCAACGAUCAGGAUCAUUCUCUGUCGAGAUCAACGGAAAACAAAGAGGUGUCCGACCGAAAGCUUCGAAUUUGACUUCGUACCUCUCCGACCGAUCUGGAGAGGGAAGUCUGGUGGAGGAAGAUGAAGAGAUGGAUAAUACCGAUGAUCCAUUGUUUGUCGCUCAGAGGAAAGAAGGAAGAGAACGUUUGGCGGCUAUGACAAUGGCUAUGACGAGGGAUGAAGUAUCCCAAGAAGAUGGUAAGAAUCAAGAUGAUAUUUCACCAGCUUUAGGUCAAUUUAGACCAUUGGCUACACCCAGUGAAGAAUUAUACGAAUUAGGUGUCAUACCUUCCGUUGGACCGUUUUCAGAAGGAGGAUAUUUAUCCGUUCGGGUGUCAAAUGAAGCUGGACAACAAUUAUCGGUCAAAUCUCGUCAAUCUGGUAAAUCAGAUAUUCGAGCUACAUCUCCUCUUCACAUACGAAAAGGAGGAAGUGUCAAGAACAGGGAUGUCGAAUCCGACGUUGGAUUGAAUCAUGAGAUCAUCCAAAGUGGUGUUUCACAAUUGACACAUUCUCAUCCUACAUCUCGACCCAACGAUCCAACCUCUCAUCACACAUCUCGUCCUACAGAUCCAUCAUCUCAGAUGAGAAGAAAGGAGAGUGAAGAGGAAGAAGAAAGAGACGUAGGAGAUGAAACAAUCAUUGAUGAUCUACCAGAUCAUCCAGGAAACGAAACUUUACUUGACCAUCUUAUCGCGCCUACCAAUGAGAACUCUUGGGAACCUCCUUCACCUAAAACAUUCGACUACACCGAAGAAUUAGAAGCUCCAUCACCUAAAACGAAUUAUCGUGGAUUCGGUUUUCUUGGUCGUAACGAUACUUCUUCAUCCGCACAAUCACCAUAUGGUUCUAUAGCUCCUAGUGCCGUAUCGGUAGCAUCUGAACAAGAAUCUGAACUUGGUCAAAUACAAGAAGCUUUUAAAAGAGAUUUCUCAAUACGAUCACCGAAUAAGAUUCAAUCUUCCAAUCGACCGGAUAAAUCAGAAUCAGGACAACUUUCACCAAAAAGUAAUCGGAAUGACACUCCUCGUAGAAGAUCAUCAUUUCCAAAUUCGAUACCAAGUCGAAAAGAUUUCGAUAGAUCAACUCCUAGUCCAACUUCUAAGAAUAAGAAUAAAAAAGAUAUCAAUAAUCCUACUACACCAUCACCUUUACGUCCAGGAGGAUCAGAAGGAAGACGUAGAUCUUUAACGAUAACAGUUUCUCCAGCAAGAAGUUUAUCACCAUUUAGGAUAGCACAAGCUGUUCGACAAUUUACACCAUCUUUGAAAUCUUUAAGACCUCCUGGUUUACCAUUGAUGUCUCGUCAAGUUUCCUCGAAUGCGAAUGUCAAUACGACUACUAGUUCUCAUCUAAGAAAUGAGGUUUCUUUAUAUCCUUCUUCUUCAUCUGGAGGAUCUGAUGAAACUGUACCAAUGUUAGCACCUAGUAAAGCAUCUGAUUCAGCUUCUUCGGAUAGUCAUUUGGAAAGUCCUCCUCUUAUUCAUCCUUCUUUAGCAGUGGCAGCUGUCAACAUGCCUGAUUCGACGUAUGAUAUUCGGAUGGAUAAUAAUGAAGAAUCAAUACCGAUACCAAUAUCAUCUGUUACUUCUAUCAAGGAUGAUCAAGAUAAAUGGGAUCUGAACCAUUCGAAUUAUCCGAAUCAAUCAAUUCAUCAGGAUCAUUCAAAAGAACAAAUGUACAUGUUACAUCCUAAUGAUCAUAUCAUUCCUUCCAGAUCACAUUCACCACUUUCUAUCCAUUCAAUCCGUUCCCAUCAAUCUCAUCGUUCUGCUCGUUCUGGUCAUUCAGUACAAUCUGCUCAAUCAGGUAAAUGGGAAAGAAGUGGUGAAUCUCCAAGUGAAGAUUCAACACAUUCUUCAACUUCUAUAUUACCUUCUGUACGUAAUAAAAUCCAACAACUGGAAUCACGUCAAAAAGCUUUGAAGAAUUUCACUGUGGCUUCUGCUUCUACAAGAUUAUAUGAUUCUCCUCAACAAAUCAAUACGAACAGUCCAACAGGAUCACCAGCGAAUAAAAGAAGAUCUUAUACUGCUGCUUUAGCACCUAGAGAGGUUCAACCGGUCUCUCGUGAUUUAUACAAGGAGAUGAAUUCGACAGGGUUGAAACAGAGGAAUUCAAGUAUAGGACAUACUACUUAUGUUGGUAGGAAAAGUUAUUCAUCUCCAUGGGAUAAAGAUAGAGCUACUCAAUGGAAUAAUAUCUCUACCUGGGGGAGAGAUAAUGAGAGGGAUCAAGAAAGGGAGAGGGAUAGACGAAUUCAAUGGGAUAGAGAGAGAAGUGGUGGUAUGUGGGAUGAAGAUAGAGGGGGGAAUAUGGAGAGAAGAAGAAGUAAUAGUAGUACAGUUAGUAAUGCGGAAAAGGUUUUGAUAGGUAGGAAUCGAUGGGGUAUGAAGGAAAGAGAAUUUAGGGGUCAUGUGGCGGAAGAAACGGAUGAUAGUGAAGGUUUGUUGUGA